AUGUCGAAUCGAGAAGCGGCCAUCAACAUGCUGAAGGAGACGGCCAAUACCAUCAUGGGAACCCUGACGCUGGUUCUCCAAGUGUCCAUGAACAUGAUCGAAGUGAACGCUCCGGACCAUGCCGAAGAGGAGCACAUGCCCCAACUGACCAGUCAGCUGCAAGCAAUGUGCCAAGAGAUGUCCAGGCAGAGAGCCUUGCUCCAGCGUCUUGCCGAGAGCCAGAACAAAAAGAUGCCGGCACCAGUUCUCCCAUUGAUGGAUAUACCAGUCCACAACAUGAAUACCGAGCCCAUGCCCAAUUCAGCAACUCUGAGCGACGAGGACGACGAUUUCUCAGUGGUCUCACCAAAGCCGACUCCAUCGGCUACCACCCAGAAUGUUCCCAAGAUGAGAAAGAGUCCAACAAAGGGGUCACCGACGUCCACCAGCAAUCCAGCAGUGCCCAACAAGCGUGCUUACCCAAUGCAGAUUCAUGGAGACCCAGCCCCGAUGCAUCUGACCUUGGCCGAAUGGGGCCAACGAAAGGUGACCUGGGGAAAGAAGCAUCCUGGCCACACCUACUUCCAAGUGCUCUCAGGGGACAUGGGGUACUUCGAAUGGAGUCUGCAGAGGUACAACUCGCUUCCUCCUCACCAACAAGACUUUGUGGACUACUGCAGGGCUCAGUUGGAAGCGGAUGCCGAUCAAGAUCGUCUGAAGGCCAUGAGUGUUCGUCGCCUACCCUGA